CGUAACAAACACGAUUUGAUUCGAUUUUCAACAAAAAAAAAUUAAGAUUGCUUGAACGUUCAAAAAAAAAGAUUAAAACUGCUCUUGUCAUCUACUUUUUCACGAAAGAUCGUGAAAACUUUAUAAGAAAAUUAUCCUCAAAAGAAUGUUAGAAAUAACGUGCAAUGAUCGUCUCGGUAAAAAGGUUAGAGUGAAAUGCAACCCAGACGACACCAUAGGAGAUCUGAAAAAGUUGAUAGCCGCUCAAACUGGUACACAUUGGGAGAAGAUUGUACUAAAAAAAUGGUACACCAUUUUCAAGGAUCAUAUAAAGUUGCAGGACUAUGAGAUACAUGACGGCAUGAACUUAGAGCUCUAUUAUCAAUAAUUCUAUAUAAAAUAACGUUACAUGUCCCACCAUUUGUCUACCUCGGUUGCUUAAGAAGUCUCUUAUGUGCUGCACUAUCAGAUCUAUCGCCACUGCAACAGAUCAUGAAACAUCAGUACAUAAUCGCGAAUAUAUACACAAUUACAUCGGGGAUAAGAUGAAUUGCUUUAUUUGCAAUAUAUCAUUAUACAUUUUGGAACAAUAUCAAACUGUGGAUAUUUGGAGAAUUAAUUGUUACUAUUUCAAAUAAUAAUUGUGAUCGCAUUAGGAU